AUGUCUUCAGAGGUCCCUGGAAAGCCAAUGAAAAUAGCUGGUGGAGGUAACCAUACAAUGGUAAUUCUAGAUAAUGGCGAAGUUUUCACUUGUGGGAGCAACGAGUUUGGUCAGUGUGGAUUACCCAGAGGUGAGAGUUUGGGUGUUUUCCACAAAGUACCUGGCAAUGACUGGCUAGAUAUUUCAUGUGGAUGGGAGUUUUCAAUUUUGGUGAAGCGCAGUGGAGAAGUGUAUGUCUGUGGAAGAGGUCUAAAAGGUGAGUUAGGGCUUGGGAAGGAGACACCAGAAAGCGAACUUAUUUACUCCACUACUGUCGACGGGUUCAAGGAAAUAAAGUCUUGCAUGCAGCACACAAUUAUUCAGACAACCAAUGGCUUAGUAGGUUGGGGCAACAGCAGAAAGGGACAGUUGGGUGAAACAGAAGACAAGAUAAUGUGGACACCAAAAACCUUACGAUUUGGUGUGGUGUGUAAAGAUUUCAGUCUAGGGAGAGAGUUUACUGCAAUACAGACUGACACAAACAGGGUAAAGAUAUUUGGCAAGUCUUCAAUCAAGAAUAUCCCCGAGUCUACAGUGGCUAGAGUGGCAGCCAUGUGGUCUUCUGUUCAUAUACUACUGGAAACAAACGUGCUCCAGUCAUUUGGUAACAACAGUCAUGAGCAGUUGUUUCCAAACAAUUCGAGUGUUGCAGUUGAGGAAUAUGCUAUUGGCAGUGAGCAUGGAUUGGUCACAUCAGACAACAUAGUUUAUGCCUGGGGAUGGUCAGAGCACGGGAAUUGUGGUACAUCAAAUGCUUCUGAUAAAGUGACGUUCGAUUAUCUUAACAAGUUGUACACCGGGUCUGCAAAAGUGGUGCUUAUUGGUGCUGGCUGUGCCACAAGUUGGGUUGUAGUUGAAAAAUAG